CUGGCCGUUAUCGAGGAUAUGCCAUCUCUAGCGGCUGUCAACAGGAGAUUGCGCGGAAUUUCGUGAAUUAAGGUUAUUUUUAUGCACCAACAUUUCCCAAUCGAAAGGCAGCCCACUCAAUUGACGAUACGGACUUGUCCAGUCCAAGAACCAACGAAUUUUACUAUAAAGAACGUGAUAAAAUGAAUUCCACACAAAACCCGAUUUAUCACACUUCCGUGGAGCAGAAGCGACAUGCUCAAGAUGUGGCCAAAAGGCAGCGAAUGGGAAUGCAAAUGCCAAAGCUACGCGAAAUGCUGCGAGAGAAGUACCGCAAACGCAUUAUAGAAACCCGCAAUAGAUGCACGGACGCCAAUCGCGAAAUACAACUGUCGGAACUCAGGGACAUUCUUCGUCUGGAGCUCAGUGAGUUGGAAAAGGAUGUGGAGCUGGAGCAGCUCAUCCUGGAAGAACUACUCGCCGAUGUGAACGAGUGGUAUGCCCUGGGUGAAAAGAACCUGGAAACCCUAUACGUAGAGCCGGAUGAGAAGCAAAAAGAUGUCCUCUGCCCAGUUUGUCAAAUAAAAAGCCUAAGAAGCCACAAAGGCGCCUUUAUUUGCGAGUGUGGCAUCCAGUUUGAGCACUCUGCCAAUAUGGAACAGCUUCAGGUAGUCCUACAACAGCAAAUCGCCAGCCACGAGCUCAAUUGCACCCAGGCCCUACGAUUCUUCAUCGAACCCUCUUCGGGACACCUGUAUAACAUGUGCGGCAGCUGCGACUACUUUUCCUCCGUUUAGUUAAUGUGUGCGCCUUGUUUUUAAAGAGUUUUUGAACCGCUGGUUGCGUCUAGUAUAUGAUCUUAUAUGUUAAUUAAUUUUCUUAGUAAAUUAAGCUAACGCGAAGCGAUUUUUGUUGUUCUGAUAGAAAUUUGAACUCUAGGAGUCUUUUAUUCUUAUCAGUUCGUAUUAUCAGUGACCUACAAUCUAUGGGUUCACUCAUUAAAUUCGGAAAAAGUGAUUAUACAUGGAGAAACUUGAAGUUCGUUCUUAUAGCAGUGAUAUGGUAAUAUAUUUUAAUAGCAAAUUACAAAUAUUAAUCUGCACUCUUUCAAGUUAUUCUAAGGGGAUCUUCAUAACUUUAGAUAUUCUAAUAGAAAUUCUAGUUCUGAGCAGUCAUAGAUAAUCUUAUCAAGUUAGUCAUACUUACAAUUAUGCGAGUUACUCUUAUGUUACAUACUAAAUUAAGAAAAUUAAUACAUUUGAACUAAAUUUAUCAAGCCUUCCAGUAUUAGUCAACCGUUUCUAUGAUAUUUUCGAUGAUUUAUUAAUAUUGUAUACCAAAUUUUUUUUUUUACUAAAGAGGGCUACAAAAAUAUA